AUAAGGUUUAGUUAUUAGAAAAUUUAAAAAUUUGGUUGAGUUGGGAAGAAAUUGACUGCUGUCAUAUAUAAUGGCUCUUUUCCUUAUCAACAGAUACACAGGAGAAAAAGAAAACAAAGAGAUUAAUCGAAAAAGAAAUGCUGAAACUGUGCUGUUAGAACUACAGAAAAAGGCAAAAAUCCAGAAAGUGGUCUCAGAAAAGUUGACACUAAGUGAUGAAAAGAAAAAGAAGAAAAGAAAAAAAACAAAAGAUAGUAAGGAUGAAGUGGCAAAACUUUCUGUACAAACGUUGCCUUUCAUUGAAAAAACAGGUGUGGUAGUCGAAGCAUGUCAAGAUGUACAAAAGUGUGAAACUGUUUCAAAACCUGAUAAAAAAGAAGAGACUAACAAUGUUAUAAGCAACACUAUUUCAUCUGAAAACCCAUAUGACCCACUCUCACAGUUUAAAGAAGGGCUUAAAAAGAAAGAACUAGGUUUUCAAAUUCUUGGUGAAGAUGUUGAAUCGCAUCAAACUAAGGUGACCAGGCAUCUUCCUGAAUGGAUAACCAAUCGCAUCAUCAUUAAUGAUGUGAAAUCUGAAUUAAUCUCAACAUCCGAUAUACAACCGAACAUUGAUCAAGUUCUUAUUCAAAACUUAAAGGAUAUUGGAAUAACUCAGCUAUUUCCUGUGCAACAAAAAGUGAUUCCUUACAUACUACGAGAUGCACAAAGAAGUAUUUCACAUCAACUUUUCCCUCCCAGAGAUUUGUGUGUAAGCGCUCCCACUGGCAGUGGCAAAACAAUUGCAUUUGCUCUUCCUAUAGUUCAGGCGUUGCUACAAAGAGUUGUUCCUGCUACUCGAGCCUUGGUGGUUUCCCCCACCCGAGAAUUAUCAGCGCAAAUUUACAAAGUGUUCGUAUCAUUAUGUCGAAACACACAACUUAAGUGUAUUCUCAUCACAGCUGCCAAGGGAUCCUUACUUCAAGAGCAACGAGCAUUACUUAAUUUUGGAAAAACUGGUUUAGCUUGUCCAGCAGAUAUUGUCGUAGCAACACCUGGUCGUUUGGCUGAUCAUCUUUCACAGACUAGUGCAUUUAGCUUGGAUAAAUUAAGGUUUCUUGUAAUAGAUGAAGCCGAUCGCAUGAUGGAACAAAUCCACCAACGAUGGUUGACUUUAGUGGAACAGAAAGUUUACAAAGAUUCUUUCAAACCACUCCCGCAACAUCUGGCUCUAAAAAGUGUCACCAAGAAUCGAAUACCGUUGCAGAAACUACUUUUCUCAGCAACUUUAAGUGCUGACCCCGAGAAAUUGCAACAACUUAAUUUGUUUCAACCUCGCUUGUUUGCUGCCGUUGUUAAACCUGUACAAGACAACAACAUGAAGUGUGACGUAGAAGAAAAUGACUUCAUUGGAAAAUAUGCAACACCUGAUGGCUUGGAGCAAUACAUGAUACAUUGUACUGCUGGUGAGAAACCACUCAUCACAUUAAACUUGGUGUUAAACAAAACUCGAGUUUUAUGUUUUGCUGGUUCCAUUGAAACUACCAGGAAGUUAUCCAUGCUUAUACAGAUGUAUGCUGAUAAAGAAGGGAAAAAGGAAUUCAUUUGCACCGAGUUUGCUUCCCAUUUACCUUCAUCGAAACGUGGCAAAGUUUUGAAAGACUUUAUCUCUGGAAAAAUCAACGUGCUUGUAUGUUCUGAUUCGAUGGCUCGCGGUCUUGAUGUGCCUUGUGUUGAACAUGUGAUAUUGUAUGACGUACCACCGCUCAUUAAAACUUACAUACAUCGAAUCGGUCGCACAGCUCGAGCAGGUGCCACUGGUACAGCAUACACACUUCUGAGAAAACAAGAAAUAUUCCACUUUAAAAAGAUGAUCGCAGACGCCGGCAAAUGUAAAGUCAAAACAAUGAAAAUUCCAAAAGAAUCUACUCAAAAAAUGGUUUCAAUAUACGAACAGGUUUUACCAAUGGUAGCUGAGAAAAUGAAAACACUCAAACGGUAGAAGUAUCAAUAUUACUACCAAGACUAGAUCUUGAAAUAAACCAUAAAUCCUUUA